AUGGAUCCAAAUUUUCCAUCAUUCGCGAGGCUAAGGAGGAAGGAGAUUAUGGCAAGGAAGCGCCAAAGAAGAGAAAUUGAUAAUACCGAGCGACCACUACCACCAAGGCAACAAAGAGGAAAAUCACUCAAUACCGGUCAGAGAAAUCCACUGAGCGACAUUUCAAAUGCAAAUCCGGUUCACAACCAAGUUCAAGGGAAGGAUGCUUACAGUCAAUGUGAAAGUGAACAAAGAAAGAAAAGGGUUGCCACUAAGUCUAUUGCAAAAAGCACUCCAAGUGGAGCUGAUAACUACGUUUCCACCAAAGAAAAUAUUCAAGGAGAUCAAGGGACACACAAAAAUCUCAUGAAGUCUACUGCAAAAAGAACUCCAUCCAGUGCUACUACUUCAAAGACUGGUGCCAAGUCUGCCAACAGUUCCGUUUCUACCAAUGGAAUUACAACGAAUAUGAUUACACAAGGAGUUCAAGAGUAUUGGGACCUUGGAGAUCCGACAUAUAUUUGUAAGUUUUGUGGUGCGAUGCACUGGUAUGAGGAAAGAUUGGAGAAGAACAAAAACGGUGAACCAAAAGAUCCGAAGUUUUCUAAGUGUUGUUUACAAGGAAAAGUGCUACUACCUAUACUAAAAGAGCCACCACCGCCACUUUGUGGUCUUUUGAAGAAUGAGGACCCUAAAAGUAGGACAUUUCUAGAUAAUAUAAGACCUUAUAAUGGGAUGUUCGCAUUUACAUCAAUGGGUGGCAAGAUAGAUUCAACAGUCAAUCAAGGGAGAGGACCUUACACCUUUAGAUUACAUGGUCAAAAUUAUCACAGGUUAGGAAGUUUGCUGCCAACUUCGGGAUCAUCUCCGAAAUUUGCACAACUCUACAUAUAUGACACAGAAAAUGAGGUUUCAAAUAGGAAGAAUACACACAGUAGCCCUGAUGAUUUUGAUGAUGAACUUAUUAAUGAUCUCAAGAGGAUGCUUGAUCGACAUAACCCUAUUGCUCAAGCUUUCAGAAUGGCAAGGGAUCGUUUUAAAUCUAAUGAUUCUCAAAAUGUCAAGCUAAGACUUAUUGGGAAAAGGGGAACUGAUGGGAGGACAUACAAUCUCCCAAGUGCAUCUGAAGUGGCAGCGCUUAUUGUUGGUGAUGUAGGAAGCUCUGGGGAUAGAGAUAUUAUUGUUGAAAAACAAUCCGGCUUACUACAACGCAUCACUGAGCUACACCCAUCAUACCUUGCUAUGCAAUACCCAUUGUUAUUUCCAUAUGGUGAGGAUGGUUUUAGGGUUGAUAUUCCAACAAGGGACACUAAUGGAGCUUCUUCUAGAAAAAGGGGUAGAGUAAGUAUUAGAGAGUAUUUUGCAUUCCGCAUUCAAGACAGACUCAAUGAAGCUGCCACAUUAUUAUUGUCGAAAAAGUUAUUUCAACAAUUUUUGGUUGAUGUUUAUACAAUGAUCGAGGCAGAGAGACUUUGUUUUGUUCGAACAAAUCAGAAAAAGCUAAGAGCGGAAUUGUAUAAGAAUCUAACAGAUGCAGUCAUGAGAGGAGACACAGAUCCGUCAACUACGGGGAAGAGAAUAGUCUUACCUUCAUCAUUUACAGGCGGACCACGUUAUAUGAUGCAAAACUAUCAAGAUGCCAUGGCUAUAUGCAAGUGGUAUGGAUAUCCCGAUUUAUUUAUCACUUUUACAUGUAAUCCAAAGUGGCCUGAAAUCACAAGAUUUGUUGAAAAGAGAGGUCUAAGGCCAGAGGAUAGACCAGAUAUUGUUUGUAGAGUUUUUAAAAUGAAGCUAGAUCGGCUAAUAAGUGAUCUCAAGGAACAAAAGAUACUCCCCUUCAGAGUUAACGCAUUGGUCUACACAGUGGAGUUCCAAAAGCGUGGAUUGCCUCAUGCUCACAUUCUUCUUUUUUUGCAUCCUGAAGACAAGAUUUCUAACGGUGAAGAAAUUGAUAAAAUCAUUCACGCCGAAAUUCCUGAUGCAGCAACUAAUCCUGAGUUGCAUAAAAUUGUGGGAGAUUGCAUGAUGCAUGGCCCGUGCGGUGAAUUAAAUAAAAGCUCGCCAUGUAUGAAAAUGGGGAGGUGUUCAAAACAUUUCCCUAAGGAGUUUUUAGAAGAAACCAGUGUUGAUAAUGAAGGGUAUCCUAAAUAUAGAAGACGGGAUAAUGGAAGGUUUAUCGAAAAGAAUGGAGUAAAGCUAGACAAUAGAUUUGUUGUUCCAUAUAAUCCUACACUACUCUUAAAAUAUGGCGCCCAUAUCAACAUUGAAUGGUGCAAUCAACACAGGUCGAUUAAGUACUUAUUUAAAUAUAUAAAUAAGGGAAACGAUCGAAUCACUGCUGCCAUGUCCAAAGGGUCUGAAGAGAAUCCGGAUAAUAUAGAUGAAAUUCAAGCAUACUAUGAUUGCAGGUAUUAUAUUUCGCCAUGUGAGGCAGUAUGGAGAAUUUUUGGGUUUGACUUGCAGUAUAGAACUCCAUCUGUUCAAAGAUUGACUUUUCAUCUUCCGGAUGAGCAAAAUGUUGUGUUCAAAGAUGAUGAUUAUAUAGAUGCAGUGUUGAAUAAGCCUAACGUUGAGAAAUCUCAAUUCUUAGCAUGGAUGGAGUUUAACAAGACAAGUGCAAAAGCUAGAAAGUUAACUUAUGUCGAGUUUCCAACACAAUUUGUGUGGAAAGAUCGUAAAUGGCAAGAUAGACAACUUUCUUUUUCUAUUGGAAGAAUCUAUCAUGUGCCCUCAGGUUGCGGUGAAAAAUACUACUUGAGAAUUUUAUUGAAUCAUGUCAAAGGUCCAACUUGUUACGAAGAUAUUAGAACGGUAAAUGGUGUUGUAUACCCUUCUUUUAAGGAAGCUUGCUACGCAAGAGGAUUGUUGGAUGAUGACAAAGAGUACAUUGAUGGCAUCACUGAAGCAAGUUUUUGGGGUAGUGCGCACUAUUUAAGAAAUCUUUUUGCGAUGUUAUUGUUGUCAGAUAGUCUAUCAAGACCAGAAUUUGUAUGGAAUGCGACAUGGCACUUAUUAUCGGACGAUAUUCUUCACAGACAAAGGCGGGCAAUUCAGAUUGACGACUUGGAGUUAUCAGAUGACCAACUAAAGAAUUACACUCUAUCUGAAAUCGAAAUUUUUUUGCGAAGUAAUGGCAAUACACUUAGAAAUUUUCCGAUGAUACCGUUUCCAGAUGAUAUGCUCAUGUCAGAGGGGAGAAACAAGUUGAUCCAAGAUGAAUUGCAAUAUGAUAAAGCAGCAUUACAUCAAGAGCAUGAAAAACUUUUUUCAAGUCUUACAGAUGAACAAAAAGAAGUUUACAACAAAAUCAUGGGUGCGGUGGAAAGAGGUGAAGGGGGUGUCUUCUUCAUAUAUGGAUAUGGCGGCACAGGAAAAACUUUUAUUUGGAGAACUCUUUGUGCUGCUAUAAGGUCUAAAGGAGAAAUUGUGCUACCUGUUGCUUCAAGCGGAAUUGCAUCACUUCUCCUUCCGAGAGGAAGAACGGCCCAUUCUAGGUUUAAAAUUCCUUUGAGUGUAACAGAAGACUCAACAUGUAAUAUAAAACCUGGAAGUGAUUUGGCUGAGCUUUUAAUGAAAACAAGUCUUAUCAUUUGGGAUGAAGCUCCUAUGAUUAAUAAGUUCUGCUUUGAAGCUCUAGACAGAAGCUUAAGGGAUGUUCUAAGACCCUCAGAUCAACCCUUUGGGGGUAAGGUUAUCGUAUUUGGAGGAGAUUUCCGACAAAUCCUUCCGGUUAUUCCGAAGGGAAGUAGACAAGACAUUGUUUUUUCUACAAUAAACUCAUCUUAUCUGUGGAACUUUUGUGAGGUCUUAAAGUUGACAAGAAACAUGAGGCUACAAGUUGGACGAUCAGAUUCAAACAAUAAUGAAAUAAGAGAAUUUUCUGAGUGGAUAUUGAAAAUUGGAGAUGGUAAGGUCGGAGAGCCAAAUGAUGGUGAAGGUACUGUAGAAAUUCAUGAUGACAACCUGAUAAAAGAAGCAACCAAUCCGGUCGAAGCUAUUGUAAAUAGUACUUAUCCAUCUAUUCUUCAGAAUUUAUGGGAUCCAAAGUACUUUCAGGAAAGAGCAAUUCUUGCCCCGACUCAUGAUAAUGUAGAAGCUAUAAAUGAUUACUUGCUAUCCUUAAUGCCAGGAAAAGAGAAAGAGUACCUAAGUUCUGACACCAUUGAUCAGGCAGACACAAAUAUGGAAAUGGAAGACAUGUAUCCAGUUGAGUUCCUUAAUUCUAUUAGAUGUUCUGGCUUACCUAAUCAUCGGAUAAGAUUGAAAGUUGGUGUUCCUGUUAUGCUUCUCAGAAAUAUCAAUCAGUCGUCUAGCUUAUGCAAUGGUACCAGGUUAGUAAUAACUCAACUAGGAAAAUAUAUUGUUGAAGCUCAAAUCAUUUCAGGUAGUAACAUUGGACAUAAAGUAUUCAUUCCAAGAAUGGUCUUGAGUCCAUCGGAUACCGGCAACAAUUUGCCGAUCAAGUUUCAACGAAGGCAAUUUCCGUUGGUAGUUUGUUUCGCUAUGACAAUAAAUAAAAGCCAAGGACAAUCGCUUUCACAUGUCGGUUUGUAUCUACCUAAGCCCGUUUUUAGUCAUGGACAACUUUAUGUUGCAAUCUCGCGAGUUACAAGCAAGCAAGGUUUAAAGGUCCUAAUAUGUGACAAGGACAAUCAGGUUUAUAAUACUACAAAUAAUGUAGUAUACAAAGAAGUCUUUCAGAAUUUACCAUGA